AGUCCAGAGUCCAGAGUCCAGAGCCCAGAGUCCAGAGUCCAGAGCCCAGAUCCCAGAGUCCAGAGUUCAGAGUCCAGAGUCCAGAGUUCAGAGUCCAGAGUCCAGAUCCCAGAGUCCAGAGCUCAGAGUCCAGAGUCCAGAGCCCAGAUCCCAGAGUCCAGAGCCCAGAGCUCAGAGCCCAGAGCUCAGAGUCCAGAGUCCAGAGUCCAGAGCCCAGAGUCCAGAGUCCAGAGCUCAGAGUCCAGAGCCCAGAGCCCAGAGUCCAGAGCCCAGAGCUCAGAGUCCAGAGUCCAGAGCUCAGAGUCCAGAGUCCAGAGUCCAGAUCCCAGAGUCCAGAGUUCAGAGUCCAGAGUCCAGAGUUCAGAGUCCAGAGUCCAGAUCCCAGAGCCCAGAGUCCAGAGCCCAGAGCCCAGAGUCCAGAGCCCAGAGCCCAGAGCCCAGAGUCCAGAAGCCCAGAGCCCAGAGCCCAGAGUCCAGAGUCCAGAGCCCAGAGCCCAGAGUCCAGAGCCCAGAGCCCAGAGUCCAGAUCCCAGAGUCCAGAGUCCAGAGCCCAGAUCCCAGAGUCCAGAGUCCAGAGCCCAGAGCCCAGAGUCCAGAGCCCAGAGCACAGAUCCCAGAGUCCAGAGUCCAGAGCCCAGAGCCCAGAGCCCAGAGCCCAGAGUCCAGAGUCCAGAGUCCAGAGCCCAGAGCCCAGAGCCCAGAGCCCAGACAGACUACAUUUUUAUGGAUGGGCCAAGGGCCAAGGACCAAGGACCAAGGGUCAAGGACCAAGGACCAAGGGUCAAGGACCAAGGGCUAAGGGUCAAGGGCCAAGGGCCAAGGGUCAAGGGUCAAGGGCCAAGCCCUAA